AUGGUUUCAAUAGAUUCAACUAGGCGUACAAGUCUUGAUAUAAAAGCAUUAAAUUCGUAUGAAGAGGCCAACCAGCCCACAAUCAACCCGACAGGCUCGCACGAACCAGAGAAAAAAGCUAAUCCACCUAAGCAAUCCGUAAGCCUUAAAGGCUUGGCUUUAUUGAUCUUAGAUCAUUGAUUUACAACUACUUUUAUGCUAGUCCUCACUGUAUACGCUUUAUUUGGAGACAGUUUUCGUGCCCUUUUGACAUCCCAAGAUGCAGAUGACGGAUUUUAUAUAGUCACAAUUAUAUGUAUCAGCUUUUUUACAUUAGAAAUAAUAGUAGCUUCCUUUGUGAAGGAAGAUUAUUUCUUAUCAUUUUUCUUUUGACUUGAUGUAAUUUCUACUAUAUAGCACAAGCUAUGAUUUGGCCCGGCUAUUUCAUUGAUUUCUGACUAGUUUAGGAGCUAUUUUUGUCAUUUUCGAGUGAUAAGCCAACUCUCAAUUUAUUAACCUUUUUAUAAUUGGUAUGUGGAGCUGGCUUGCCUCCUUAAAGUGACUAAAAUAAACAAUCUGUAUUGAUUGGGUCCCUAGACGGAGUCAAAGCCAAAUUAAUGCUCUAAUGAUAUCCCUAAUCACUGAUAUUGGCUGAGCAUGAGAUGCCAUGACUGGCCAAGAUAGAACUGGAAAAGCUUCAAGUACGUCAAGUCAGUUCUCUCAAGCCAGCAGAGCCUCACGAGCAGGGACUAGGGCUGCCAGAAUUGUCAGGCUGAUUAGGGUCAUCAGGCUAGUCAGAAUUGCAAAACUUUACAAACUAUCACAGGUCGCUAAAGAAAAAUUACUAAAGAAAGACGAAAUUUUGCUUAAAAGAGGAAGAGUUGCAUAUAGAGGCAACGAAAAUCCUCUUGGGGAUCUCGAAAUUAUAGAAUCUGAAGCAUUUAUAAAUGAAGACUCUGAAAUCAACUCAGUUUCUGCAAAUUUUUCAAAUUCCCACGCAAAUCGAUCAAGAAGAAGGACAACUAGAAAAUCAUCAGGAGCUCCAAAGCUUAACCCUAGAGACAGUACUAUUCAAGACUUAGAAGUCCCUAGCUCCUCUAUUUCAUGAGUUAGCAAGACAUCAGAAAAAAUUUUUUUAAAAGAAAAACUACUGCGAAAUAGCAAAAAAUAUUUUUAAAAUAUAUCUGAUAACUACCAUGAUGAUAUUUAUAUUUAUUUAUUAUAAAUUUUAAAUGCCUUAUUCAGAAACAUAAAUUUUUUAAAUUUUUACUUUUUCUGCUUUCCUUUCAAAAUUAAGAAAAAAUGUUGUGAGGAGUAAAGAAAGCAAGGUGGGCAAAAAAUUGUCAGAAUUAACGACAAAAAGAGUAAUUAUAUUAUCAUUGCUAACUGUUGUUAUCUUACCAUUAUUUGAAUCCCAGCUGUAUUAUGACGAUAACGAUUCUUAUGAACUCGGUCUUCAUUUGAUAAUGAAAGAAAUCGAUGAUCAAGAGGCAGCAACUAGAGUUGGCAAUUUCUAUGUAAAAGAUCAUAAAAAUAUUGACACGCCAAUAAUAUUAGUAAUUGUUGGGGAAUAUUACAAUUGAAGCUCUGAUACCAAUCCUGCUGAUCUCAGGGCGGAAGAGCUGGGAGUUUAUACUUUGUCUGAAGAUUACAUGAAUACUACCAUUGAUGGAGUUUCUAUGUUUGAUUUGAGAAAUAACACGAAAAGACAAGCAGGACUUGAUAUUGGAAUCACUUUAUUUGUCUGCCUUGUAUUAAGCUUUUUUUCAUUAGCCUUUUCUAACUCUACUCCCAAUCUUGAUUGAACGAUUCUAUAUAAAAUUUUCUGGAAAAUCAACUCUGUCCUUACUUGAUCAGUAGCUGCAUAUUUGCGAAUUUUUUAUAAAUCGGCUAGCUAUUUUUUAUAAUAAUUAGUGGCAAUAAAUUACAAAGUGUAGUGCAAAAAUAUCAAAAUAUUGACAAUUAGCUAUAAAUGAAUUCAGCUCAAUUUUCUGACUCCAAUCGCAAUAUAUCUCUUUUUUCUAAAAUAGUGUGAUUUUUAAACAAAAAAUCAUAUAAUUUAUUUUUUAAAUUUUUUCUCAAACUUGUAUAUACGUCAUUUAACCAAAGAUGUGUAAGGAUGCACAGGAUUUAAUUAUAGAGCCCUUAGAAUCUAUGAUCCUUACAGUUCAAAAAAUUUCAGAAAAUCCUGUAAAGGCAGCCCAGGAACAAGAAGUUGAAGAAGUCACUCGAAACAUGGCUCUCACCAAAAGUGAGCUGUUAAAAGAAAAAACAAAAAAAAAUGCAAAUUUAGAAACCAAAAUCCUAGAAGAGACUUUUAUUAAAAUUGGCGCAUUAUUAGCAUUGGGAUUUGGGGAAGCAGGCUCCGAAAUUAUCGCUAAAAAUGUAAAUAGAAGUGGUGGAGAAAUCGACCCAUUAAUCCCAGGCAAAAAGCGGCUCUGCAUUUUUGGGUUCUGCGAUAUCCGUCAGUUUUCAGAAGCUACUGAAAUACUACAAAAAGACGUCAUGAUUUUUGUCAAUGAAAUUGCCAAAAUUGUCCAUCAGACUGUGAAUAAUUAUUCAGGGUCUGCAAAUAAAAAUAUAGGGGAGGCCUUUUUAAUAGUCUGAAAAUUCCAUAGAGAAUCUGUAUUAGAAGAUUCUUUGACUGGGGAAGUUUCAUUAAUAGAUAAUCACCAUACCAAUGAUUUGGCUGACAUGGCAGUUGUUGCAUAUUUGAAAACAAUUGCGGAAAUCAAUAAAAGUCCUAAAACACUGGCUUAUCAAAAACAUCCAGGCCUAACGGCAAAAAUGCCUGGAUUUUGUGUGAAGAUGGGCUUUGGGCUCCAUCAAGGAUGAGCAAUUGAAGGAGCGAUUGGGAGUGAGUUUAAAAUUGACGCGUCAUAUUUGUCACCAAAUGUAAAUUUAGCGUCAAGAUUAGAAGCGGCGACUCGACAGUUUGGAGUGCAUAUAUUGGUGAGUGAUGCUUUAUAUAGGGUUUUCAAUGAAUUUUCUGCAGAAAUUAGGACUCUUUAUGUAUUAAUCCUUUAAAGUUUUAAAAAAAAAAAGGUAAAAAUAUUAUAUAUGGCAGUAUAUAAUAUUUGUUCAAGCCAAACCCAGAAAAAUUUUAGAAAAGUCGAUAGAGUUACUGUCAAAGGCAGUAAAGUGCCAAUUGAGCUUUAUACUGUAGACUUAGACCUAACUGCUCUUGAAGUCGGAACUGACACAGAGGAUACUUUUACGGACCUAAAAGAAGCCCGAGCUUUUGCUCACAUUAAGAGAGAAAGAUUGAAUGAUGCAGUAAAACACAAAAAUUAUAGAGUUUAUAGAUUGUUUACAGACGAUAAAGACCUUAGAGCUAUGAAGAAAAAUAUUUCAAAGCAUUUUAUGCACUGGUUUUCAAUCGCACUUGAAGAAUAUCUAAAAGGAGAUUGGAGCCAAGCUGCAAUCGAUUUUUCGAAAGCACAGGUUUAUAAAAAUGGAAAAGACGGCCCAACUGAAGUAAUACUUGAGUUUAUGAAAGAAAAUAAUAAUGUUCCUCCUCCAGAUUGGUCUGGAUAUCGUAUAUUGCAUGAUAAAUAG